CUGCUCGAAGACUGGAAAGAACAGCCGCUGACUGUACAAAGCCUGCUAGAAGCUAAUCUCGAUGGCCAUGCGCCAUUUCUUGCGUAUCUCUCUGCAUGCGGCACGGGCCAGCUACGGAAUGAAGAAUCCAUGAAUGAGAGCAUUCACCUAGCAAACGCUUGUCAGCUUGCUGGCUUUCAGCAUGUUAUUGGCACUCUCUGGACUGUGGAGGAUGAGAUUUGUGUAAGCAUGGCGUCCAUGGUGUAUAAGUUCCUGCGGGACCAAGAAUUUCGAGAUGAAUCCGUCAGUCGAGGAAUUCAUCAUGCUACUAUGGCGCUACGAGAAAAGUGGCUUGAUAGUUCAUGUGGCGUGGAUAGGCCCCUACAAGAUAAUAGAGGAAGCAGAGAUGCUUAA